AUGGAAAAGGUGGGUUGGUUGUUUUCUGCGCGACACAAGAGAGUGUGUAGGUGGAAGAGACGGAGAGAUGAAAUUGUGUUGCAGAGUGAUUGCGUGAGGAAUUGGAAGGAUCGGGGAAAAAAACGGAAUGAGGAGAGAAUAAUUGAACACAUCAGAGGACUAUUCUUAUUUCAAAUUUAA